AUGGCAGAAGGUCGGCUUCGAUUCGGAACUAAAAGCUCUGCUGAUGUAACAUUGUUCUUGACAGGCCCAGGUGAGAUAAAGUACGGAAGAAAUCCAGUUUAUCUCCAUUCUCAGAUCCUCAAAAGACUGAAGAGUUUCGAGGGCAAGUUUUCCGACCGCUGGGAAUUGCAUAAAUCAACCGACGUAUGGGUAACUACUUCUCAUAAUUUUGAUCACUAUUUAAAAUGCAUCGAAAUCAUAUACGGUGAGCAUGUAGAUUUUCCCGACAUUGAGGAAUGCCUGGCGAUUCUGUCAGUUGCUUCUGAAAUGUCGGCUGAUGAGUGCAUCAACAAAUGCAUGCAAUAUUUGGAAGCAGUUCGUUGGAGUGAUGAGGAGGAGACCCAAAUUCGGAAACUUCUCUCUUCUGAUGGAUUGAAACUGAAAAUUUUACCAGAUUUAGCUGCCAGGUUUCAUCAAGAUCAAGACGAUGAGCAUAUAAAUUUUGUGGAGAAGAGUAUGCAAGAAACGGUGUCUCUUAUUAAAGACAGGGACCCCAGUUUAUCCAGAAAUCGAGAAAGUGUGGAGAAAUAUUUAGAGACGAUGUUAGAUAGAAAUCCAGCUAGAGAUGUGGUGGACGUAUGCGGGCGUGUGCUUUUGCAGGAGUACCAAUCAACCAUCAAUUCUCGUGAUUUCUCAUUUAUAACGCUGCUUUUUAAACUUGUUCAGCGCUGUAAUGGAGCAAUACUUGAAGUUGCACUCAAGGCAUUUUGUGAAGAUGCAGAAUUUAUGGAGUAUGUAAAGAAGUGGUACCAUGCCUCAAACAUUGGUCCGCCUGUGUUCGACAUUAUAAUGUGGUUUAUGAAGGCCACAGGAGACGGAAAGAUAACAAUUUCAAGAGCUUCUCGAGUUUCUUUUCUCACAACUUGGCUUCCCAUCAUGGGAUCAUUCAAAGCGCAUAGCUCCGUUAGAGAUAAAUUUGAAGAGCUCGACAAAGCAGUGCUUAAGGUGGUUGAGAGCCUCCCUCAAGUGGACCAGAAACGUAUUUGCGUAGUAUGGCUAGAGGUUUACAGAUUGCGUGGUAUCGACAUCGCUACGCCAUAUGUUUUGGCUCAAUAUCUGCAGUGCAUAUCGUUAUAA